GGAGCGCCCGGGACACGCCCUGUAACCACACAGCCCGACCGCGGAGGCGCAGCUCGGCUCACGGAAGAGACGCCUCACCUACGGCACGACCCGACCCGGAGAAGGGAGACGACCCGAGCUCGUGAAGCGAAGACGCCGAGAAGCCGCAGGACGCGCGGGCAGAGAAGCAGUCACCCCCCGGCGAGAGGGAAAAGAAGAGAUCCGGCCGUCUUCGGUGAAGCAGGCUGCUCAGUGUCCCCCUGUGUCGGUCCGAGAUGGAGGCAGCGAUCCAGACCAUGGUGAAGACUUUCCAAACCUCCUCCAAGGGGAAGGACUCUCUGAGUGGGAAAGAAUUCCAGAAGCUGGUCCAGACCCAGCUGAGCAACAUCCUGUCGGACACAGAGAGUGCCAAGGCAGUGAAGGAGAUGAAGGAAGGGCUGGACACGAACAAGGAUGGCAAAGUGAGCUUCCAGGAGUUCAUGUCGCUAGUGGGCUACAUUGGCGGCAUGCUGAGCCAGCAGCGCAGCUCGGAAACGGCUAAGUAGCUGGAGGAGCCAUCAUGACACAUCUGGCACUCGUGCCUGCUACAGCUACACACCUGGCACUCCUGACACAGCUACACACCUGGCACUCCUGCCUGCUACAGCUACACACCUGGCACUCCUGACACAGCUACACACCUGACACAGCUGACACAGCUACACACCUGGCACUCCUGACACAGCUACACACCUGGCACUCCUGCCUGCUCCAGCUACACACCUGGCACUCCUGACACAGCUACACACCUGGCACUCCUGCCUGCUACAGCUACACACCUGGCACACC